CGCAUGGAGGCCAACCGCCACGUUCUCUACAUCCUCCGUGAUGCUGACAGCCGGGGGACCCCUAAAGGCGCCGUCAUCGGCUUCCUCAAGGUGGGCUACAAGAAGCUGUUUCUUCUGGACCGUAACGGUGCUCAUAAUGAAGCAGAGCCACUUUGCGUCUUGGAUUUUUACAUCCACGAGUCGUUGCAACGACACGGUUACGGGCGGGAGCUCUUCCAGCACAUGUUACAGAGCGAGAGGGUGGAUCCCUGGCGUUUGGCCGUCGACCGACCCUCCGAGAAGCUCCUGGCGUUUCUCCGCAGACACUACGGCCUUACUGAUGCCAUCCCACAGGUGAACAACUUCGUCAUCUUUGAGGGUUUCUUCUCCAACCGCCCGG